UACGAUUCUGCGGUUAUGGUGCGAUCAGUGUGAUGAUUGUCAAACCGUAUUCAGGAGAAUGCAGUAGAAUGCAACGCUCUCGGAUGCGUUGUCGAUCAACAACUUUAGUGUCAUUAGCAAAAAUUUACUUGAUAAUACGUGAUAUUCUUUUUUAAAACCGCAACAAUGCACGACGCUUACGAGGAAACGUCUAUAUUAAACAUCACCGUGCAAAUCGAGUCUAUGGCUGCUUAUGAUGACAAUUUACUAAUAGGCACCAGAGAAGGUCAUCUUAUUAUGUACAAUGUUCCAUCAGUCUUUGAUGAACACAACCACAAGCUAGAAUUGUUACGUCACAGCAAGAAUUUUAACAAGAAGCGAAUCAAUCAGAUAGAUGUUGUGCCAGAAUAUAAUUUAUUGAUUAUUUUAACGGAUAACAUUGUAUGCAUUCAUGAUCUGAAUUCACCAAACUUUCAACAAAUAUGUCAAUUACCAAAGACUCGGGGCGCCACUCUGUUCACUCUGGAGGUUCAAUCAACUCAAAGCCUAACAGGAGAAAAGAACACUGUGGUACGUUUGUGUGUUGCCGUCAAACGUAAACUGCAGCUGUAUUACUGGAAGGGAAAAAAGUUUGAAGAGUUUAAUGAUUUUGAGUUAACCGUGCCAGAUAUACCUCGUCAACUAGCAUGGUGUGGCGAAUCGUUGAUAUUAGGAUUUCGUGGAUUGUCCUACACGAUUUUUGACUUAAGUGGUAAACCCAAGGAGCUUUUUCCCACUGGCAAAUCUCCAGAACCAAGUAUUACAAAAUUGUCAGACAGUUCUUUUGUCCUGGGCAAAGAUUCUCAAUCAUUUAUUAUGGAUACAAAGGGAGAGUUGGUUCAACAUAACCCAGUAAAAUGGUCAGAUACACCUAAUAUAAUAGCAUGGGAUGAUCCUUACUUACUUGGUAUUGUGCAUGACAGAUUGGAAGUGUAUACAUUAGAAGGAUGUCUACAUAUCCAAACAAUAAAGGAUUUGAAUAAAGCUAGACUUAUAUAUCGAUGUAAACAAGGGAGAGUCUUUGUGGCAUCCAUCAGUCAGAUUUGGUUUGUCAAGGCAAUUGAUGUUACUUUGCAAAUUAGGACUUUGUUGGAGCAAAAUCAGUUUCAGUUGGCACUAAAAUUGACUAGUUUGUCAGACAUAACGGACGAAGAGAAAGGUAAACAAACGUAUAAAAUACAAACGUUAUAUGCGCAUCAUCUGUUCUAUAAUAAGCGAUUCCAAGAGGCGAUGGAUCUGUUCUUAAAACUGGGGACUGAUCCGUACGAGGUGAUCAGAUUAUUUCCAGAUUUAGCGCCUUCGACCAAUACGCAUGAAGUCAGCGAACCAACGUCCAGUUUACCAAAGCUGCAAGAUCACGAUUUAGAAAAGGGCUUACGUGCACUGAUAGUUUUUCUAACUGAAGUUAGGCAUAAAUUAAUGGCAAAAGACAAGGAACUUAGUAAAGAAAAAAAUGGAGUAAAUGGAGAAAAGAAUAGUUACGUUGUAGCUACGGAGCAGCUUCUAAAGAUUAUAGAUACCACCCUUUUGAAGUGCUAUCUGCAGACCACAGACGCUUUGGUGGCACCUUUACUUAGACUGAAUCACUGUCACUUGGCAGAAGCUGAGAAAACCUUGCUGAUGCAUCAGAAAUAUCCGGAGCUCAUUAUAUUGUAUCAAACCAAAGGACAGCACAAGAAAGCAUUGGAGUUAUUGGAGAAACACGCAAAGGAACACGAUUCUAGUCUGAAAGGCACUGAGAGAACUAUACAGUAUUUGCAGCAUCUUGGUAAGGAUCAUAUGGAUCUAAUACUAAAGUUUGCCGGAUGGGUUUUAACGGAAGAUCCUGAACAAGGCCUUAGAAUAUUUAUGGAAGAUAUACAGGAAGUUGAACACUUACCUAGACCAAAGAUUUUGGAUUACCUUCUACGUUUCCACAAAGACUUAGUGAUACAAUACUUAGAACAUGUAGUGUAUGUUUGGGAAGACACCAAUCCAUUAUUCCAUAACGUUUUGAUACAUCAGUACAAGGAAAAGUGUCUAGCUUCCAUGAGUGCGAAUGCAACGCCAGCAGAGAAAGAAAUUUCGCAGCAGAAAUUGCAACAAUUCCGACAGAAGUUGCAACAAUUCCUAGAGAAGUCGGCACAUUAUACGCCAGAAACAAUAUUGGUGCAUUUUCCAUUUGACAGCUUGUUCGAGGAACGUGCGAUUAUACUUGGACGGCUUGGUCGUCAUCAACAAGCUAUAUCGAUAUACGUUAGUCUUUUAAAUGAUAUACCGCGUGCAAUUCAAUAUUGUCAAAAUGUAUAUACAAGAUACCAAAAUCAAGAUCGUACGGAGAAACAAAAGCAAACGGAUAAUGCCGAGGAAGUUUACGUUUUGCUGAUUCAGCAGUUAUUGAAACCCGACAACGAAGGAGUUUUAAUGGCCGGUUGUAAUCCGGAAAUUCAAAGAACGACACAGCCAGAUUUAGAGAUGGCUCUCCGACUUUUGGAAGAGCACGCUUCAAAGAUAAAUCCUAUGAAGGUCCUGGAAGUCCUACCGGAUUCUGUUCCUAUUGGCAGAAUAAAACAUUUCCUGGAAGUUAGUUUACAGAAUAACUUGAACGCAAGGCGGAGAACGCAGGUUCUCAAGGGGCUGCUUUAUGCGGAGCAUUUACAAGUGCAGGAGCAACGGAUGCACUACGAAUCGCAGAGUGUCCUCAUGACGGAAUUUAAUAUAUGUCCAGUUUGUAAAAAAAGAUUUGGCAACCAAAGCGCUUUUGCGAGGUAUCCUAAUGGUGAUAUAGUGCAUUACUCUUGCCAAGAUCGCAAGGUGUAAAGGUGAAGAGAGUUGCAGGAUUAUAUAAUACGUAAAUCAUAAGUUUCGUAAUACAUAAGUUUAUCGUCGAUUGUAUAUAUCGAAUGUAUGCAUUUUAUAUAUACGAAUUUCACAUACGAAAUUCCGAUACAUAUAUUGUUACGUAAAACUGAAAUAUCCACUCUGCAGUCACUUAUUAAAUAUUACUAGUAAAACUAUUCGCUAAAAAUUUCUUAGGUCAAUCACUGCAGUUUUUUUUUCUACAACACGCUUGUUGUAUCCCA